AAGCAAAGGUGAAAGUGAGAUUUUGAGAAACUAGAAGUGGUGAAAGAUUGAAAGAAUGAGUGUUGAGCAAGAGCAACAGGUUAGAGUGAUGAGAUGAGUAAGUAAGGUUAGGGUUAAAUGAUUAAUAAUGGAUUGGGUAAAAUCAAGUUAAGUUUAAUUUUUACUAGAUUGGGUUUGGAUUUAAAGGUUGAAUUAAAUUUAAAAUAAAAUUAAUUUACAUAUUUUUUUAAAUUUUUUAAGGGAAUGAGAUCCCUAUGGGAUGAAAAAAAUUCCCCACAAGAUUUUAUGGGAGAAAAUGCCUACUGAUCCAGGUUUUCAAUCGUCUUCUAGGUUUUCUGUGUCUUCUGAUCUCUAUCUUCCUCAUGUCUACUGAUCCAGUUUCCUCUUCUUCUCUUCCUGUGUCUGUAUCAUCUGCGUCUAUAUAUCCUACAGCAACCAGCAGUCCUACUAUAUCCAGUUCCUCUCCAUUCAAUCCAAUCUCUACUUCCAAUGGUAUUCAAUGGCCUUCACAACUCCAGUCGCCUUUGAUCCCCAAUCCAGCAAGUCCAUUAUCUCCUACACUUCCCAUUCUACCUAUUUCCUCAAUAACACCAAAUCCAAUGGCCUCCAAUACGUUCUCACAUCCUGUAUUUAUAGUCUCAAAUAUCAAGAACUUUGUUCCAGAGACUUUAAACCAUCACAAUUUCAUUGUUUGGCGAGAGCUAAUGGUUCCAGUUUUGAAGAGCAAAGCUGUUUAUGGUCAUAUUGAUGGCACAGAUCCUUGUCCUCCAUUUGGCAGUCCAAACUUUGAAGCCUGGAUGCAAAUUGAUUAUCAAAUUCUGUCCUGGAUUCAAGCAACAAUUUCCACUGAGGUGUUACAGAUGAUCAUACAACCAGGGAGAUCUCUAUCGGCCAAGGAAACAUGGGAUGCAAUUCAUACCGCCUACCACAAUCAAUUGGCUGCUCAAACUUUGUUUCUUCAACAAGAGUACUCUUCUAUGCGUAAGCAACCAGGACAAUCUAUGCUUAGCUAUCUACAGCAUGUGAAAGGACUGAUUGAUAAGUUGCAUGGUGUUGGGCAUCCAAAAACAGACCAUGAUUUAGUGUUUCAAGUGCUUGCUGGUCUUGAUUCUGAGUACAGUGUUGCUAAAAGAACAAUACCUCAACGAAAUCCCUUUCCCAGUUUCUUGGAAUUACACUCUCUGUUGUUGAUUGAAGAAGCCACUCUUCUUCGUGAAGCAGCAAAUCGACAUACUCAACCUGUGAUUUCUCCCAAUAAUCCACAGUUGCUUCACCUCUUGCAUCAUCCGCAAACACCGGCUGUUCCAUCUGCUGCAUCCUGGGAUACUUCUUCUGGUAACCAUCAUCAACUUUAUUCUUUGACUACUUCAACUCGAGGAGGACGAUGGUCUGGUCACAGAGGAGGUCGUGGUAGUUUCCGGAGUACUCGUGGGCGUUCCUAUGGAGGUUCACGUCACCCUAGUUUUUCUACAAGUUCUGGACGUGGAUCUGAAUUUUCUGCAACUUCUCAUUUUCAAGCUGUCAAACAGAUCUUACGACAUUUAAAGGGCACCAUGGACUAUGGUUUACAGCUAUAUCAUCAUUCUUUGCUUUCUUUGCAUAUGUUCACAGAUGCAGAUUGGGUAGGUUGUGUUGAUACUCGUCGGUCUAUUUCUGGCUAUUGUCUCUUUCUGGGCAAUUCUCUUAUUUCUUGGUCAUCUAAGAAACAACACACGGUUGCUCGUUCUAGUGCAGAAGCCUAGUAUCGUGCUCUUGCCAAUGCUGCUGCUGAGGUCUUAUGGGUUCAUCAGUUACUUUUUGAACUUUAUACUUUUCUUCCUACAGCACCGGUGCUAUUUUGUGAUAAUCUUAGUUCUAUCUAUCUUUCUCUUAAUCCCAUUCAGCAUCAGCGCACUAAGCAUAUUGAGAUUUACAUUCAUUUUGUGAGAGAAAAGAUUGCUUCUGGGAUUUUGUCUAUUCAUCAUGUUUCUUCAUAUUUUCAGCGUGCUGAUGUCUUAACCAAGGCUCUUUCUAUGCCUUUGUUUCAUGCUUAGAGGGCCAAUUUGAACGUGAUUUGUAUGCCCGCUCAAAUUGGGGGGGGGGUGAUAAUGUAUAUAUUAUAGUUGUAUAUUUGUAAAGGGUAGUUAGGGUAUUUCUUACAAUAUACCACAUGUAUAAAUACUCUUUUACAAUAAUGAAAACCCUAAAGAGGCAUUAUCUUCUACAAUUAUUAUGAUGAUGAUGAUGUAAACACUCUAAACAGCAACAAGAAAAAUUAAUCUGACCUCAUGUUGCAAAGCAUGCAAUCCAAGAUCCUGGACCACACACGGCGUGCACGCGGGCGGAUCCUAUUUCU